CGCUUCUGAUCAACCAGCACCACUAGUAUGGAAAUAUCACCAGUUACUCUCGACCUUCCAGAAUGCGCGCCCAAUCUCAUGCCAUUCCACAUCUCUCACUCAGGGCCCGCACCAAUAUCUACGUACUUUCGCGUCAAGCCCUCGCUUUCUAUCCCGCACCUUUCCAUUACACAGAACACGUCCAACGAAACACAGCUGUCUACAGACAACAGCCAGAACACCCUCGUUGCUGAAGAGUCUCAAUGCUCCAUAACCACAAUUGCCGAAUCACAGUCUACUCCAUUAGAGGAGGAUUUACAGACAUGUCCUGCAAGAGUGGGCGCUAUGGUAGUCGACGCUGAUUCUGGGACUCAAGCCAGCUCAUCAAGUGAAGUAGCUCGCGCGCCACCUGCGACGCCCCCAGUAGAAGUUGGCAUUAGCAAUAGCUUUAUUGCAGCAUUCAGAGGGAGGCAGGUACACGGUCGUACCGUGGACCUGCCACAAGGAUACGGUGGCAUGGUCCUUAGCGCACCAAGCGGUGAUGCAAAGAGUCAGGGUGAUGACACUGGGAUGGUUGAAACAAUAGCUCAAACAAGAGGCAAGGGUCGAGCAACACGAACAUGCAGCCGACAGAUGGACAUAGAUGAAGACGAUGCGGUGGAUGCAGAUCAUGACGGCUCACGUGUUGAGAUUCGGAGACUAACCCCGGUCUCAAGGUUUUCUUCCUUGACUGUAUGGUCCCCAGACAUACCGGUGGAUGAGGGCAAAGACGAGUACCUUAGGUCUUUGACGGAGUGGACAAAAUUAGCGGCAGAGAUUCAUGCCUAUGACGCAUAAUAUGGAGCCUCAGUGAUGGACUGUAAGACGAUAUAUUGCUACACGCGUCAGCUGUUGGCCCUGGUUUGGCUAAUAUCAAAACUCCACCAUGCAUAGUAAUCGAUUUGAUCUAUACCCUUUCGUCAUCGAGUCUUCACGGCUAGAUCUUGUCGCUUACUGCGAUUGCUGAAUAUCAUCGGAACUUGUGCAGGAUCACUCGAAGAUUAUUUUACACCGUCAUAGCUUUUGAAAUUUGAAUCAUGAACUAGUGACUUGAACGUGCUAGCUCUUAUGUAUAGCGACUUGCCUACUUACUUGCGUAGCUCGUCACUCGUGGAGAAACA